AACGCGAAGCACCAUUUUCAGUUUUUUUUUUUCCACCGUGCAAGCCUGAUCUCCUUCCUCCACCCUUCGCCGGAAAGAUGGCAACUGGUGGGAAAGUAUCCUUCAAGGUCACACUGACCUCGGACCCUAAGCUUCCUUUCAAAGUAUUCAGCGUGCCGGAGGGAGCUCCGUUCACGGCGGUUCUGAAAUUCGCAGCGGAGGAGUUCAAGGUUCCUCCUCAAACCAGCGCCAUCAUCACCAAUGAUGGGAUCGGGAUUAAUCCUCAACAGAGCGCAGGAAACGUGUUCUUGAAGCAUGGAUCUGAACUGAGACUCAUCCCGCGUGAUAGAGUUGGAGCUGCGUUUUGUUAAUUGAUCCCCAUGAAUGCUUUAAGCAAUGAGUGAGAAACCAAGUGACGUACCUUAAAAAAUAAAUAAAUAAAUAAACCGAACUUAUUGAAAUGGUUAAUAUGCAACUCUUUUUUUUUUUCUCUUUGAAUAAAAAUACACAUGUGAUGUUUACAUCAAGUUUAGUGAUUACGGCAAUUGGAUCCAAAGUUAGAUACAUA